UCUGUUCAUUCCGCAUAUAUAAAGUUCAGUGCUACGGGCGUGGCUGCGCUGAACCAUAGGUUUAUGAGGGGUUUUUUUUUUUUUUUCUUUGUCAGGUCCCGUCUGGUCUGUGAUGUCACCUGUUUAAUGAGAGUGGAUAGGAUAGAUGAGAGUGGGAGGCAGAAAUCCGCCUGAGUUGUUUUGUGCGUUUUAACUGAACAGUGCGUUGCUCUGCGUUGGAGUUCACGCGCUCCAGUGGUUUCGCCUUUAGCAUCUGAAUGUAACUGUCGCUGGGUUGAAGGGUUUAGAGCGCGAGACCACUGAUCUGUUGUCCAACUGUCUCACGGCAACUUUGAGUGAAGAGCCUUACUAACUGCUGGUGUGUGGAUAUCUAAUGCCAUUCGGUUGAUGGAGCGUCGCAGGCCUUCUGUUUGCCAUUUCCCGAGUGCAACUUUUUAAAUUCGUGACAUAGCCUACUUAUACCGCGUCCGUCUGCAGCGUGCGCCUUCUUCACCGUUUCCGUUGAGUAAAAACGGUCAAAUAACUGCGCUCGAGCCGCACGCUUUCCAGCUUCCCACCUCGGAGGUUCGACAUACCGUCGGCUUGGUUUUGAUUUUUUAUUUUUUUUUAUUGUUUGCCUUUUAAAAGCGCAGUUGGUCAGCGAGCUGGUAGUUAACUCGGAGCCAUGGGCUGUACGGUGAGCGCCGAGGACAAGGCGGCCGCCGAAAGGUCGAAAAUGAUCGACAAAAACCUCCGCGAAGAUGGCGAGAAGGCGGCGAGAGAGGUGAAACUGCUUCUUCUCGGUGCAGGGGAAUCUGGAAAGAGCACCAUUGUGAAGCAGAUGAAAAUCAUCCACGAAGAUGGCUACUCGGAAGAUGAAUGUAAGCAGUACAGAGCUGUGGUGUACAGCAACACCAUCCAAUCUAUAAUGGCCAUCAUCAAAGCCAUGAGUAACCUCAAGAUCGAUUAUGGAGAUUCAGCGAGAACGGAUGAUGCAAGGCAGCUCUUUGCACUGUCUGCUGCAGCAGAAGAGCAGGGAAUCCUCCCAGACGACUUGGCCAAUGUGAUCCGCAGACUGUGGGCUGACAGCGGGGUGCAGGGAUGUUUCAGCCGCUCCAGAGAGUACCAGCUCAAUGACUCUGCUGCCUAUUAUUUGAAUGAUCUUGAGAGGAUAGCACGAGCAGACUACAUUCCCACCCAACAGGACGUGCUGAGGACCAGAGUGAAAACUACCGGUAUCGUCGAGACACACUUCACUUUUAAGGACCUGCACUUCAAGAUGUUUGAUGUUGGAGGCCAGAGGUCUGAGAGAAAGAAGUGGAUCCACUGCUUUGAAGGAGUGACUGCCAUCAUCUUCUGUGUGGCUCUAAGUGCCUAUGACCUGAUGCUGGCUGAAGAUGAGGAGAUGAACCGUAUGCAUGAGAGCAUGAAGCUCUUUGACUCCAUCUGCAACAAUAAAUGGUUCACAGAGACCUCCAUCAUCCUCUUUCUCAAUAAGAAGGAUCUGUUUGAGGAGAAGAUCACACGCAGCCCUCUGACCAUCUGCUUCCCUGAGUAUACAGGAGCCAACAAAUAUGACGAAGCAGCAAGCUAUAUCCAGACCAAGUUUGAGGAUCUGAACAAGAAGAAGGAUACAAAAGAGAUUUACACCCACUUUACCUGCGCCACCGACACCAAGAACGUGCAGUUUGUGUUCGAUGCUGUCACCGACGUCAUCAUCAAAAACAACCUGAAGGACUGCGGGCUUUUCUAAUGACAACAUCAGGGAGCAUGCCAAGGAAGAGCUCAGCUGUGUGGUGCACCUGCAUUAGCGUCGGUCAUCACAGUGCCAGACUGCCUACAGCCAUCCAGACAAACGCUGAAUUUUCAUCUAAUACCUUUUUGGGGAAGGGGAGGGAGGUUUGACCAAGAACCACGUAAAAGAGAAAUUAUAUAUUGCAGAAUUCCACCAGUCACAAUUCCAAAAUCCCCUUUCGGGGUACCUAAUUUUUAUUCCCUUUUUUUUUGUAAAUAUUUUUGAGGUUAUUUUCUUUUAGAUUGUUUCUGCUGUUUCUCUUUGCUCCUUGACUUUUGUUUUUGAGUACUACAAUGCAAAAGAUUGAGGGAGAUUGGGGGCGGGGGGAUAUUUGAUAAAUAAAUUUUCCUUUUCUUUAACAGAUGCAGAAAUCUUAAUAAAUGUUCCUGUGUAAUAUGUCUUUUGUAAAAGCUAUGUAAGCACAGAUUGGGAUCAAUACAACUUUUGCUUUGGUCUUUUUAUUUUCUUUUUCUUUUUUUACUACUUACACAUGAAUUUUACAUUCCUGGCUUAACUGUACAACAAAAUGAAUGAUAAUAAUAAGAAAAAGAACAAAUAGCUUGCUCUGAUUUCAGCCACAGUGUGUGACAUGCUCUCAGUAAUUUGUCUUAGGCAUUUAACUUUCUGAAAUCCUAGCUUCACUUUGCUCAACACUGUACAACUGUGACUAAUACGUAUGACGCAUAACUGUCUUCUCUCGUCCUUUUGUGUUCCUGCCCCAACUCUUUCCUUCUGUUUUGUGCCUUGACUUCUGUUUUUUCACAUUGUCCGUAGAAUUUAGAGCAAUUUCAUUUUCCAGUAUCUAAUGAAGUUAAAUAUGAGGUUUGUGGUUUUAGGAGACAGUUAAAACGUGACCGCCAUCUGAUGAAUAUGAAAAAUGCCAUGAAAUGUUUUAUUGAAAAUAAAACUUGAUUUCACUUCAA